AUGAGUCAAAGAGAACGACGCUCUAAUGCAGGCAACCGCAUGGCAAAGUUGCUGGAUGAAGAAGAAGAAGAUGAUUUUUAUAAAACUACUUACGGUGGUUUUCAAGAAGUAGAGGAGGAUGGAGAUUAUGUUGAAGAAAAAGAAGCUGAAGAUGUUGUAGAUUCAGAUUUUGACAUAGAUGAAAAUGAUGAACCAGUUUCCGACCAUGAUGAUGAAGGUAAAGAAAAAAGGAAAGUCAACACAAAAGCAUACAAGGAUCCAAAUAGAAAACGGAAAAGUGCUACUGAAAAGCAGAAAAAGAUAAUUAAAAAGAAAACAAAGGUAUUCAAGCCUAAGGAGGAAAUAACCACAACUCCAACAGAGAAAGUUAGUAAACCGUCAAUAGAUACAUCAAUAGAAAGAAAAUCAAUACGACGGAGCACGGCUGUCAAGUCAGCUGAGACUAAACAAAGGAUAAAAAUCAGAUCAGAGUUGAAAAAGAAAAAACCGAGGAAGGUGGACGAUAGAGUCUUUACUCAAGAGGAGUUAUUAGAAGAAGCACUUAUAACAGAGAAAGAAAACCUUAAAAGCUUGGAGAGGUUCGAGCAAAAUGAACUGGAGAGAAAAAAAGUUCGACCCAUAAAGAAAACUAUCACGGGCCCUGUAAUAAGGUACCACUCCUUCGCCGUUCCAGUGCCUCUAGUUACGGAAAUAACGCCAAGUGAGGACAAAUCGACCACACCGCCCUCGGCUGACAUAAAUCUCAAUGAGUUGAUCAAAAGCGAGGAAGGUACCGCCGCUGCUGAUCUCAGCGACGCAAACACGCCUACGCCCGGAAUAAAGUCUGAAACGGUGGAAACGGAGCCGAAAGAGGAAGUGGAGAGCAAAAUGGAAGUGGACGCCGAAGUGGUGGGGGAAAGCAAAAUGGAAAUGGACGUGGUGGGGCCCGAUGAUGAGAUAAACAUUGCCAACGUCAAUUUGAAAGACGAAAAACAGAAAAAGCCCAAAAACAGCAAUUGCAAGUUCUACGAAAGGACCCUGAUUACUUUUGAGAACGAUGUAAGGAACAGGGCGUUCAAAGCGUGCUUUCCGCAAACGAAGCCGAAGAAGAGACGCGAGAUGCUGUGUGCAGUUACUAAGAGGCCCGCCCGCUACGUGGACCCGAUAACGCGGCUGCCGUACCGCAGCGUGGACGCGUUCCGCAUCAUCCGCGAGGCGUACUACCAGCAGCUGGAGGCGCGCGGCGACCGCGCCGACCCGCGCGUCGCCGCCUGGCUCCGGUGGCGGCGGGCGGACGCCGCGUCCACUUACGUGCAGAUACACAUCAGCGUGCCGGAGCAUACCCGAGUGCGCACGAGCAUACACCCGAGCGUGCCGGAACGUAUAGCACGCUCGAGCAUACCCAAUCGCGCCCGAGCAUACCAUAGCGCGCCCGAGCAUACCAUAGCGCGCCCGAGCAUACCCGAGCGCGCCCGAGCAUACUCGAGCGUGCCGGAUCAUACUCGAGUGUGCUCGGAUACGCUCGGGUGCACUCGCAGCGAGUUCAGUCCGUUA